GCGUUUUCUUCUACGUUACCUUGCCAUUUUUAAAGCUAUAUUUACCGAAUCACACAGCGCACACACACACAAAACUCACACCAAAUUGGCAAGUUCUAGCUCUUCCCACACCUGCUUCUCAGUCAUCGCUCUCCAAUGGCGGACGCUCACGUCAAAAAUCCGCCCCCAGCGAUUGACGGGAACGCUCUGGUAUCCAUGUGCCUCUCACGCGCCGGCAUCGACAGGAUGUUCGGAGUCGUCGGAAUCCCCGUCACCUCACUCGCCAACCGCGCCCAAGCCCUCGGUGUCCGCUUCAUCGCCUUCCACAACGAGCAAUCCGCGGGCUACGCCGCCUCCGCCUACGGCUACCUCACCGCCCGUCCCGGCGUCCUCCUCACCGUCUCCGGCCCCGGCUGCGUCCACGGCCUCGCCGGCCUCUCCAACUCCGCCGCCAACGCCUGGCCGAUGAUCCUCAUCUCCGGCUCCUCCGAUCAGAGCCUCACCGGCCGCGGCGAUUUCCAGGAGCUCGAUCAAAUCGCCGCCGUUAAACCUUUCUCCAAAUUCUCCGCCAAGGCCACCGACAUCACCGAAAUCCCCAAAUCCGUGUUCAGCGUCGUCGAUUGGGCCGUCGCGGGCCGCCCGGGGGGGACGUAUUUAGACCUCCCCACCGAUGUGCUUCACCAGACUGUUGAUGAGUCCGAGGCCGAGAGAUUGAUCGCCGAAGCCCUAAAAUCACGAGACAAAGCCCUAAUUGAAAAGCCGAGAAUCGACAAUUCCAAAAUUAAGAAGGCGGUGGAACUGCUGAGGUCAGCGCAGAGACCGCUGAUCGUGUUUGGAAAGGGGGCAGCUUAUGCCAAAUCCGAUAACGAGCUGACGAAGCUAGUAGAGAGCACUGGAAUUCCAUUUUUACCUACUCCGAUGGGGAAGGGGCUGAUUUCGGAUAAGCACGAGCUAGCGGCCACGGCCGCCAGAUCACUGGCAAUUGGUAAAUGCGACGUCGCAUUGAUCGUUGGUGCGCGGCUGAACUGGCUGCUGCACUUCGGGGAGCCGCCUAAGUGGUCGAAAGACGUGAAAUUCAUCAUUGUGGAUGUGUGCGAGGAAGAGCUUGAGCUGAGGAAGCCAUUUUUAGGGAUAUUGGGAGAUGCCACAAAAGUGGUGGGGAUGAUUCAUAAGGAAAUCAAGGAUGAUCCGUUCUGUUUGGGGAAGACUCAUCCGUGGGUUGAGGCUGUGAGGAACAAGGGCAAAGACAAUGUGGCGAAGAUGGAGGUCCAGUUGUCGAAAGUUGUGGUGCCGUUCAAUUUCUUGACACCGAUGAAGAUUAUCAGGGAUGCGAUUUUGGGGGUGGGGAGUCCCGCGCCUGUGGUGGUUUCCGAAGGGGCUAAUACCAUGGAUGUAGGGCGGUCCGUGCUGGUUCAGACAGAGCCGAGGACUAGGUUGGAUGCUGGGACAUGGGGGACGAUGGGCGUUGGUCUUGGAUAUUGCAUUGCUGCUGCAGUGGCUUCGCCUGAUCGCUUAGUGGUGGCUGUUGAAGGGGACUCUGGAUUUGGAUUCAGUGCUAUGGAAGUUGAGACACUCGUUCGAUAUCAACUGCCCGUGGUGGUCAUAGUCUUCAACAACGGUGGAGUGUAUGGUGGUGACCGGAGAAACCCAGAUGAGAUAACAGGACCUUACAAGGAUGAUCCUGCUCCGACGUCUUUUGUUCCAGGUGCAGCAUAUCAUGUCCUCAUCGAAGCUUUUGGGGGAAAGGGUUAUCUUGCUGGAACUCCUGAUGAGUUGAAAUCUGCACUUGCUGAAUCCUUCUCGGCGAGGAAACCUGCAGUCAUAAAUGUCACCAUCGAUCCGUAUGCCGGUGCAGAGAGUGGGAGGUUGCAGCACAAGAACUAACGCUGAAGUAGAUCGAUUGUUUUCAGUGAUCAAGUUCUUGAACUUGUUAUAGUGGCACCUUCACUUGUAUUCUGUAUAUAUACAGAUAUACUCCCUUUGUCUGCCGUUAAAUAUUUCAUUUUUCUUUUCCGUCCGUCCACAAAUAAAUGUCUCAUUUCACUUUUACUAUAUUUGAUAAAUGAAUCUUAUAUUCUACUAA